AAACACUUGUUACUUUAAUCUGACUAGUAAAGCAGAUGUCUUGACAUGUCAGCAGAAUAUUCAAUAUCAUCUAUUCAGUUUGAUGAUCCUAAUUAUGUUUUAAAUUAUGAUUUAAAACCUUUGAUUACAUUUUUAUCAAAACUUGUAGAAGUAAUAUUAAAUGGAGACAAACAUGAUAUAGAUGAAUACGUUUUAUCAUCUAAUGAUUGUUUAUAUAAGUGUGAAAAGUUUAUUUCAGAUGCUACAUUAAGAGUACUUUAUAUUAUAAAAAAUGUUAAGGAAAAUUUAGUAGAUGAUUCAGGAAGUAGUUAUGUUUCUUAUAGCUACCAUUUUGAUUUAGAACUAUGUCCUUGUUCAGAGACAACAGCUAUACUUGCGUUAAUUAAACGUUAUGAACAAAUUAAUCCAGCAAUAUCGCUUGAAAAUCAGUUACAAUUGGUUAAUAUGCCAGGAUGGUUCAGAGAUGAAGUAUCAUCUACAUCUUUGAUGCCUUAUAAAGUUAUACAUACAUUAAUUCAUUCGGCAGUUUCGCCUUAUUUUGAUGCAUUCACGAAGGAGAGAGAGAAGGAACAAGAAAACACAAAACUAUUAAACAAUGAGCGUAGAACAGGAAUCCCGGCAGUAAAAAAGAAGAUUGCGGAAUUAGAAUUAUCAUUAUUAGAUUUACAACAAGAUAUUGAAAUACCAAAGAUAUCUUUAACGAUUCAUCCGGAAGUGGAGAGAUUUAUUCUUGAAACUAAUGAACAAAACAUGCAACCUUUAAUACAGAAUUUCCCGAGCAAUCUUUUAACAGAUAGCACAUUUCUUAAUAAUCUUCAGUCUAAUGUCAAUUCUUGGAUUAAGUCGAUUCAAACUAUUACAAGAAUUUCACAUGAUCCAACAUCAGGAUCAGCAUCACAAGAAAUAAAUUUUUGGUUGAAUAUGGAAACGUCUUUACAAAAUAUUGAGGAGCAGCUUAAAAGUGAAGGUGUUGUCUUAACUUUAGAAAUUUUAAAGCAAGCUAAACGGUUCCAUACUACAGUAAGUUUUACAUCUGAUACAGGUCUAAAAGAAGCCAAUGAAAAAGUUAAUAAAUAUAACCAAUUAAUGAAAGAAUUCCCUUUAAAUGAACUUUUAUCGGCAACAUCAUUAGAUAAAGUUCAAAAAUCUAUCUUUCAGAUAUUUAAUCAUCUUAAUAAGAAACUUAGGAUUUGUCCUUAUCCUAUUCGCAGAGUUUUGCCAUUGGUGGAAGCUAUUUCUUCAGAUCUAAAUACCCGUAUUCAGAGUUUACUUAGUAGCCAAAAGCUAAUGCAUUUUGAAUAUACGCAUUUUAUGAAACUAAUGAGAUCAGCCGAUGAAGUUUUCAAAACAUGGGAUGAUCAACUAAAGGAAUUCACAAAUAUGGCAAGAGAUGUUACUCGAAAACGUAGUGAAAAGUUUAUUCCUAUAAAAAUUACUUCGCAACAUAUUAAAACCCAAGAGAGGCUAGCAUAUAUAAAAACAUUUAGACAAGGGCAUGAGCAAUUGCGAAGUACGAUUUUCAAUGUUUUAGAAACAUCUAAACUAUCUUCUGACGAGAAUUAUAUAAGAUUUGAUGGAGUUGGAGAUUUAGAUAUUAUGAAUGAUAUUUCUGAAUCAUAUUCUCUUUUUAAAGCUAUAGAUGUACUAGAUAUUUCUCCAGAGGGCACAAGACAGUGGAUAAUUACAGAAAAUAAUUAUAAUGAUCGAAUUUCUAGAAUUGAAAAUACUAUUAUAAAUAGAUUAAGAGAUAACUUGAGUGCUGCAAAAACCUCUAAGGAGAUGUUUAUAGUUUUUUCUAAAUUUAAUCCUUUAUUUAUUAGGCCAAAGAUUCGUGGAGCAAUUCAGGAAUAUCAAGUUCAGCUUAUUAAUAAUGUUAAAUCGGAUAUAACUAACUUGCAUGAACGAUUUAAAAAACGUUAUAGCAAUUCGGAAUCAUAUUUAAUGGCACAACUAUAUGACAUUCCUCCGAUUUCAGGCGCUAUUAUAUGGGCGAGACAAAUUGAACGACAAUUAGAUACCUACAUGAAAAAUAUUGAAAACGUUCUUGGUAAAGGUUGGGAAUUAUACGCUGAUGCUCAAAAAUUACAAUCGGAUACUACCAUAUUUAAAAAUAAACUUAAUACAUCUCAGAUUUAUGAAGCAUGGCUUCAUGAUAUAUCAAAAAGAAAAAUUUCAAUAACUGGAAGGUUAUUUAAGAUAAUUAGAAAGCGUACAUUAGAUAAUGCAUUAGAAUUGGUUGUCAAUUUUGAUCAUCAAAUUAUUAUAUUAUUUAAAGAAGUCAGGAAUCUUUUGUGGUUGAAUUUCUCAAUACCUCAUUCUAUUAAUAGUAUUUCAAAAGAAGCUAAAAAGGUUUAUCCAUAUGUUGUAAGCUUAACGGAGACUCUUCGAAAUUAUCACGAAAUUAAUGAGAAAAUACAUGGAAUGAAUAAUAUUUCUAUUUUACUUGCCGAAUAUCAAAAUAAUAUACAAAAUUUUAUGUCAAAAGGAAUAAAUUUAAAAUGGGAAUCUUUUAUUCAUUCAUAUGAUAGUCAUAUACGACCUUUGGAUUAUAAUAACAUUGAGAAACAUAGCAGUCUACCGCACAAAAGUCGUCAUGUUCUUUUUAUACAGGAUUUUUCUAAAUCAGUUUCAACAUUGCGAGAAAAAAUAAAUAUCUUAUUGAAAUCUCAUGAUACUAUUUUUAAAGAGUUAGAAAAUUUAAAUACAUGUGCGUAUGAUCAAAAAGCAUUUAGUUCUAUCCUUGAAAAUAUCCAAAAAGAAAUCGAUCUUCUAAAUUUUGAAAACUUUUCCAAUUUAAGUUUUUGGGUUAACGAUCUUAAUUCUAAGAUUGAGGAUAUAUUAAUACAGAGAAUCAUUCGAUCUGCUCAAAUAUGGGUCAAAACGUUUAUAUCAUUUAAAACGACUGAUUCGGAUUUUGAAAAAGAACAAAAAGAUCAUAUAAAUUCUUGUUCUUCAGACUAUGAUGAUCAUACAUUUCCUAAAUUUGAGAAAUUUACAUAUAAAAUUCAUAUCCGUAAUCAAUUAAUAUCUUUAGAACCCUCUAUCGAAUCAUCUAAAUCAUAUUGGUUCAAGAAUUUUCAUGACUGGAUAAAUAUUGCAUGUAACCAAAAAAAAAUCUUCGCUUUUAAAUAUCAAAUAAAUUUUGAUCUUGAUACAUCCAUUGACCAAAACUCAGAAACUUCUACAUACAGAUACCUGCUUUCAAAAAUAUCUAGCCCUCAUUUAUUUAAUACAUAUUCUUCUAUUCUUAAAGUUCUUAAUGAAGUAAAUGCGUAUGUUGAAAAAUGGUUACAAUUUCAAUCACUUUGGGAUUUACAGCUUGACCAUGUUUAUAAUUUUCUCGGAAAUGAUUUAUCAAAAUGGCUGCAGAUUUUGCGAGAAAUCCAAAAAUCUCGUUCCACUUUUGAUACUACAGAAACCUUUCGCUCUUUUGGAUUUUUAAUUGUAGAUUACAAGCAAGUUCAAAAUAGAAUAAACGCUAAAUAUGAUUCUUGGCAAAAAGAUAUAUUGAAUAAAUUUUCUACACAGCUUUCUGAUAACAUGAAAGAGUUUUGCGUUCAAAUAACCAAAAUGAGGCAUACUUUAGAACCUCAAUCUCUUGAAGGAUCAACAGAAGAAGUUAUUUCUUUUAUUACCAAUGUCGAGCAAUGUAAAAAACAAAUGGAAGAAUACAAAAAGCUUGUUUCUCUAUAUCAACAAGGUCAAACUGUUUUAUCUAGACAAAGAUAUCAUUUUGAUAAUGACUGGCUUUACAUUGAUCAAAUCGAGGGGGAAUGGGGAAUGUUAACUGAUAUACUGAAUCGCAAAGAUAAACUUAUAACCGAUCAUAUUGAUGUUUUAAAAACAAAAGUAAUUGCACAGGAUCAGAUUGUUUCUUCAAAAAUAUCUCUAAUUAUUAACGACUGGAACGAACAAAAGCCUGUUUCAGGUGAUCUUGACCCAUCAUCAGUAUUUAAUACACUUUCUAUAUUUGAAUCGAAAAUCAAUCAAAUAGAGAAAGAGAAAAAAUCUAUUCUAAAGGCUAAAGAAGCCCUUAACCUUGAUACUAAUGGAGAAGAUGUCAUUUCUACUAUUUUAGAAGAAGUCAUGGAUUUUAAAUCAGUCUGGUCUGCCAUUAAUACUCUCUGGAAAACUUUAAAUGAGCUAAUGGAAACUCCUUGGAACAUUGUUAUUCCAAGGAAAAUUCGACAAUCUUUAGAUAAAUUGUUAAACGUCACAAAAGAAAUGCCUAGUUCUGUGAGGCAAUAUUUAGCUUUUGAACACAUGCAAAAUUUACUUCGUCAAUAUAUUAAAGCCAAUUCUCUUAUAUCAGAGCUUAAAAUCGAGGCUAUGAAAGAAAGACAUUGGGAAAAACUUUUUAAACUACUUAAGCUUAAAGAACCCAUUAGGUUUUCUUCUCUUAAUAUAGGAGAUGUUUGGAAAUUGAAUCUCAUAAAUAAUGAACACAUUAUCAAAAAUAUUAUAUCAGAAGCACGUGGGGAAAUGGCAUUGGAAGAAUUUCUUAAAAAUAUUCGUGAAACAUGGUCAAAUUAUUAUCUAAAUUUGGUUAACUAUCGAAAUAUAUCUAAAUUGAUUAGUAAUUGGGACGAUCUUUUUACAAAAUGUAUUGAUAAUCUUAAUUCUCUUUCAGCUAUGAAAAACUCUCCAUAUUAUAAAAUGUUUCAAGAAGAAGCGUCUUCUUGGGAUUAUCGUCUUAACAAAAUACAUAUUUUGUUUGAUAUAUGGUCAGAUGUUCAGCGACAGUGGGUUUAUUUAGAAGAAAUUUUCUCAGGAAAUACCGAUAUCAAACAUUUAUUACCUAUGGAAUCACAAAGAUUUCAAAAUAUAAGUUCAGAAUUUCUCGCAAUAAUGAAAAAGGUUUGCAAAUCACCUUCUGUUCUUGAUGUGUUAGCAAUUCCGAAUAUCCAUAAAUCUAUGGAAAGAUUAUUAGACUUGCUUCAAAAAAUUCAAAAAGCAUUGGGCGAAUAUUUAGAAAAAGAACGCAUUUCAUUUCCUCGAUUUUAUUUUAUUGGAGAUGAAGAUUUAUUAGAGAUGAUUGGGAAUAGUAAGGAUAUUAAUAGAAUCCAAAGACAUUUUUGUAAAAUGUUUUCUGGAAUACAUAAUUUGAUUUUAGAUAAGGAUUCUACCGCAAUUACCGGAUUUUCGUCAAAAGAAGGUGAAAAUGUUUUUUUAAAAACACCUAUAAAUUUACUUAAGACACACAAAAUUAACGAAUGGCUUGAUUUAUUAGAUAUUUCCGUUAAAGAUACACUUUCAGACUUAUUAAUAAUUGCCAUUAAUGAUUUUGGAAAUUUAUAUGGGAGUCUUAAAUUAGAAGAUUCUCAUUUACUUGAUUUUUUUGAUAAAUACCCUUCUCAAAUAAUCAUUCUUUCAUUACAAAUUCUUUGGACUAAAAAUAUAGAAAUUGCAUUAUCCGAUUCAGAUAUGAGUGAAAAGAACUUACAAGAUAACUUGUUUUGUAUCGACACUCUUUUAACUAUGCUAGCUACUUUAGUGGUUAAUGAUAUCAAUACUAUACAACGUAAAAAAUCAGAAAAUAUGAUUACUUAUUUAGUCCAUCAAAAAAAUGUAAUAAAUAUGUUAUUAAAAGAUAAGGUUACUUCUGUCAAUGAUUUUAGAUGGCAAUAUCAAAUGAGAUUUAUUCUUAAAGAUUAUUCUGAUCCAAAAAGUCUUCAAGUUUUAAUAGGAAAUGUUAGUUUCGAUUAUGGAUUUGAAUAUCUUGGUAUACCAGAUAGACUAGUUCAAACUCCUUUAAAUGAUAAAUGUUUUCUUACUCUAACGCAAGCAUUAAAGCAGAAGCUUGGUGGAUCUCCUUUUGGACCUGCAGGAACAGGAAAAACCGAGUCUGUAAAAGCUUUGGGUGCACAUUUAGGGAAAUUUGUAUUAGUAUUUUGUUGUGAUAGUACAUUUGAUUUUCAAGCAAUAGGAAGAAUAUUUCUUGGAAUCUGUCAAGUUGGCGCAUGGGGAUGUUUUGAUGAAUUUAACCGUUUAGAAGAAAAUAUUCUUAGUGCAAUUUCUCAGCAAAUUCAAGCAAUUCAACUAGGUUUAAAAAAUAACAAAGAAAACAAGCACAUUGAGGUUGAAUUAAUUGACAAAAAAGUUAAAAUACAUCCGGAAACAGGAAUUUUUAUAACCAUGAAUCCUGGAUAUGCAGGAAGAUCGAAUCUUCCUGAUAAUUUGAAAAAACUUUUUCGAAGUAUAUCUAUGACACGACCUGAUAAGGAAACAAUUGCUCAAGUUACAUUAUAUUCUCAAGGGUUUUCUAUGGCUAAAGAGCUUGCAUCCAAUAUUGUGCCAUUUUUUGAAAAAUGUAAUACCGAGUUAUCUUUUCAAUCUCAUUAUGAUUUUGGACUCAGAGCAUUAAAAGGUGUCUUGGUUAUUUCUGGGAAUAUCAAAAGGUCUAUGAUCCAAAAGAGAAAAGAGGACAAUGCUGUUAAAGAUAUAUUAGAAACUGAGAUUAUAGUUCAAAGCUUAAGAAGAACAAUAUUACCAAAAUUAAUAAAAAACGAUUUACAUCUUUUAAUGAAUAUAGAAAAAGCAUUAUUUCCAAAUGUGAAUUAUAUUCCAGCAGAUCUUUCUAAAUUAGAGGAGGAAAUUAGAAAAGUUUCUUCGACUGAAAAUUUAUUUCUUGAUGAUGAAUGGAUAGCCAAGAUUUUGCAAUUGUACCAGAUCCAAUGUAUUCACUAUGGUAUAAUAAUGGUUGGUUCUUCUGGAACAGGGAAAUCGAAAACUUGGCGCACUUUAUUAAAAAGUAUGGAGAAUAUUAGUGGAACAGAAUUCGUAUAUCAUAUUAUAGACCCUAAAGUUUUUUCCAAAGAAGUUCUUUAUGGAAAUCUUGAUCCUAUAACACGAGAAUGGACAGAUGGCUUAUUUACUAGUAUUAUUAGGAAAAUAGUCAAUAAUUUGCGAGGGGAACAAUUUAAAAAGCAUUGGAUUAUUUUUGAUGGAGAUAUUGAUCCUGAAUGGGCAGAAAAUUUAAACAGGAAAGUAUAUAUAUAUCAAUUUGUAUAUCCAAUAAUAUCAUUUAGUGUUUUAGAUGAUAACAAACUUUUAACUUUACCAAACGGUGAACGUUUAAGUAUUUCAGAUAAUAUACGAAUUGUUUUUGAAGUUGAGUCUUUAAGAUACGCAACUCUUGCAACUAUAAGUAGAUGCGGUAUGAUUUGGUUUGAUGAACAAACGGUUAAACCAAAUAUGAUUUUAUAUAAUCGUCUGAAUUUGUUACAAUCUUCAACUUUUGAACAGUUCGAAGAGGAUAAUACAUUUUCUAUUGGUCCUUCGAAUUUAUUUGCUAUCCAAAGAAUUCUUGUAGAUAUUUUGAAUGUACCUUUUUCAGAAAAUGGGCUUAUUAUUCAAGCAAUUGAAUAUGCUCGAAAUUUAGAUCAUAUAAUGACUUUUACGCCAAUAAGAUCUUUAAAUACAUUAUUUACAUUUAUACAUGCAGCGUGUAAGGAAUUGGCAAGAUAUAAUUCACAACAUGAGGAUUUUCCUUUAACUAAUGAAAAUAUCGAGGCUUACAUAUCAAAGAAAUUACUUCUAUAUAUUAUAUGGAGUUUUUCUGGAGAUUGUAAAUUUACAGAAAGAAAGAAAUUUGAGAAAUUUAUAAUACAAUUUACUACUACUGAACUUCCUGUUUUAUCUAAUGAUAGACAUUUACUCGAUUACGAUGUAUCUUUACCAUAUGGAAACUGGGAUUUAUGGGAAACAAAAGUACCUAUAGUUGAAAUCGAUGUUCAUUCAGUUUUUAAAUCUAAUUAUGUUAUUUCUACAGUUGAUACACUUCGGCAUGAAUCAUUAAUUUAUUCAUUUUUGCUUGAACAUAAACCGUUUAUAUUGUGCGGUCCUCCUGGUUCAGGAAAGACAACAAUAUUAUUAAAUGUGCUCCAAAAGAUUUCUAAUAUAGAACCAGUCGUACUUAACUUUUCUAGUAAUACAAAUCCUGAUUUAAUUAUUAAAACUCUAGAGCAAUACUGCGAAUAUACAAAAGCUGUCCAUGAAGUCAUUAUGAGGCCUAGAUCAGUAGGUAAAUGGAUUAUAAUUUUCUGUGAUGAAAUUAACUUGCCCUCUCUUGAUAUUUAUGGUACUCAAAGGGUUAUUUUCUUUAUACGUCAGUUAAUUGAGCAUGAAAAAUUUUGGAAUUCUAAAAUUAAAGCAUGGAUUAAGCUAGAAAGAAUACAGUUUAUUGGAUCUUGUAAUCCUCCAGAAGAUAUUGGAAGAAUUGCUUUUAGCAAUCGGUUUUUGCGACAUUUUCCUGUUAUAAUGGUUGAUUAUCCUGAAAGAACAUCUCUGCUACAAAUAUACGGAACAUAUAAUAAAACUAUAUUAAAAUGUAUUCCAGAGCUGAAAAAAUAUUAUAAGGAAUUUACAUAUGUGAUGGUCGACUUUUAUCUUUUAUUUCGGCAGAAAUUUACACCAAAUGUCCAAAUACAUUAUGUGUAUAGCCCACGUGAACUUACACGGUGGGUUCGUAAUAUAUAUGGAGUAAUAUUUUCUCUGGAAACUAUGAGUCUAGAUGAAUUGGUUCGUUUAUGGUUUUAUGAAUCAUUAAAACUGUUUCAAGAUCGUUUAAUUUCUGAUGAUGAAAGACAAUGGACCGAAAAUACUUCUAAAGAAGUGUUUUUAAAAUACUUUCUUAAUAUAUCGGAUUCUAUUUUCAAUAGACCAAUAUUAUAUUCAAAUUGGCUUUCUAAAAAUUACAUGCCUGUAAAUAAGGAAUUAUUUCGGGAUUAUAUUCAAGCUCGCUUAAAAACUUUUUGUGAAGAAGAAAUUGAUGUACCUCUAAUUUUGUUUGAUGAUAUUUUGGAUCAUGUUCUUCGUAUUGAUAGAGCCUUUCAUCAAAUACAAGGCCAUUUAAUUUUUAUUGGAAUUAGUGGCUCUGGGAAGACAACAUUAUCUCGUUUUGUUGCUUGGAUGAAUGGAUUAAAGAUAUUUCAGAUUAAAGUUCAUUCUAAAUAUUCUUCUGAUGAUUUUGAUAAUGAUUUACGAAAUGUCUUACGACGAGUAGGAUGCAAAGGGGAGAAAAUAUGUUUUCUCUUUGAUGAAUCAAAUGUACUUAGUACAUCUUUUUUAGAACGAAUAAAUACAUUACUCGCAAAUUCUGAAAUUGCUGGUCUUUUUGAAGGCGAUGAAUUCGCUUCACUUAUUUCAAGCUGUAAAGAAGCUACGCAAAAGGAAGGCCUUCUUUUAGAUUCCCAAGAUGAGCUCUAUAAUUGGUUUUCUCAACAAAUUUCUAGAAAUCUUCAUAUAGUGUUUACAAUGAAUCCUUUAGAUAAAGGAUUAUCAACAAAAGUAUCAGCUUCUCCUGCUUUGUUUAAUCGUUGUAUUGUAAAUUGGCUCGGGGAUUGGUCUAUUCAAGCCUUUUAUGAAAUGGCUAGUCAGCUUAUUCGUUCUUUGGAUCUAGAAAAGCCCAAUUAUAUCUCACCUUCAAAUGCACGUACUAUUUAUUUGCAAACUCCAUUUACUUAUCGUGAAGCUAUUCUUGAUUGCAUCAUUUUUAUUCAUUAUUCAAUGAAAGAAUUUAAUGAGAAGUUUUCAGGAUUUAACAAUAAAAUUUAUAUCACUCCUAGACAUUUCAUUAGUUUUGUUCAGAAUUUUGUUCAAAUUUACAUGGAAAAAAGGGAGAAAUUGGAGGAUCAACAACAACAUUUAAGUUCUGGUAUUGAAAAAUUGAAUAAUACUGUUAAUAAAGUUUCUGAAUUAAAACAAAAAUUAGCAGAAAAACAGCAAGAAUUGGAAUUAAAAAAUAAAGAAGCUAAUGAAAAGCUUAAACGAAUUGUUGAAGACCAAAAAGAAGCAGAAGAAAGGAAAACAGCUUCUUUAGAAAUUCAGGAAUCUUUAUAUCUUCAAGAAGAAAAAAUUAAUAUUAGACGAAAAAUGGUAAUUGAUGAUUUAGCUAAAGUAGAACCAGCAGUAAUUGAAGCACGGCGUUCAGUUAGUAGUAUUAAAAAACAACAUUUAACUGAAGUAAGAUCUAUGACUAAUCCACCUGAAGCGGUUAAACUUACUAUGGAAUCUGUAUGUACUCUUCUUGGUCAAAAAUUUGAUAAUUGGAAAGCAGUUCAAGGGAUAAUAAGAAAAGAUGAUUUUAUAUCAAAUAUAUUAAAUUUCGAUAAUGACAAACAGAUGACAAAAGCAUUGAGAACAAAAAUGCAAACAUCUUAUAUUUCUAAUCCUAAUUUUACAUUUGAUAUAAUAAAUCAUGCUAGUAAAGCAUGUGGUCCUUUAGUUCUCUGGGUAUGUGCCCAAGUGAACUAUUCUACUAUUCUUGAAAAAGUAGCACCAUUACGCGAGGAAGUUAAUAAUCUUGAAAUACAAGUUUCUGAAAAUAAAGUCAAAGUUGAAAAUAUAAUUGCUACUAUUCAAGAGCUUGAGAAAAACAUUAUAUUAUAUAAGGAAGAAUAUGCUACUCUUAUUAGCGAUAUGCAAACUAUUAAAUCGGAAAUGAGCCAUGUACAACAAAAAGUAGAUAGAAGCUUAGAACUUUUAAACAAUCUUUCUUCUGAGCGUAAUCGCUGGGAGCUAGAAAGUCAAACGUUUGAAGAUCAACUUGAUACAUUAGCAGGAGAUGUAUUGAUUUCAUCUGCUUUUUUAACAUAUGCUGGCAUAUAUGAUCAACAAGCACGUUUAGAUAUUCAGGCAAAAUGGAAGAGUCAAUUGCAAUCAUUAAAUAUUAAUACUAAGAAAAACAAUCCUGUUUCUGAAUAUCUUGUAACUUUAGAUGAGAAAUCUGACUGGUUAGAUAACUCUUUGCCUGAAGACGAGCUUUGCAUAGAAAAUGCGUUAAUUUUAAAGAGAGCAGAUCGAUAUCCUUUAAUUAUUGAUCCUUCUAAUUGUGUUACUCAGUAUUUGAUCGAGAGUUUUAAGGAGAAAAAAUUGACUGUAACAAGUUUCUUAGAUGACACAUUUAUUAAACAUUUAGAAAGCGCCUUGAGAUUUGGAAAUCCUAUUUUGAUUCAAGAAGCAGAAUAUUUAGAUCCGGUAUUAUAUCCAGUUCUUAACAAGGAAUAUCAAAGAACUGAUGGGAGAAUACUGGUUCAACUUGGAAAGCAGGAUAUUGAUUUUUCCCCCUCUUUUAAAUUAUUUUUAUUAACAAAAAAUUCAUCUAUUAGUUUCGGGCCAGAGAUUUCUAGUAGAGUUACAUUUGUUAAUUUUACAAUAACUACUAGUAGUCUUCAAUCUCAAUGUUUAAAUAAAAUACUUUAUUAUGAAAGGCCAGAUGUUAAUCAACGAAGAAACAAUUCAGUUAAACUUCAAAAUAAAUUUAGACUACAUCUUAUACAUCUUGAAAAGAAUCUUCUUAAUAUCCUUAAUGAGUCUCAAGGAAAUAUUCUUAACAAUGAUACUAUUUUAAAAACAUUAGAGAGUUUAAAGAAAGAAGCUUCAGAAAUUUUUGAAAAAGCGUUGGAAACUGAAGAGAUUAUUAAAGAGAUUGAGCAAAUAACUUUAUUAUAUAAGCCAGUGGUAUCUCUUUGUAGUUCAAUAUUUGAAAUUAUGGAGAAAUUGGUUUUAAUAUCACCUUAUUACAAUUUUUCUUUAUUAUUUUUUCAAGAUAUUUUUCAUGAUGUUUUAAACAAUAAUGAAGGAUUAAAGAAAGAAGAAGAUUUUUCUAAAAGAAUUAACAUUCUUUUGCGAGAAAUAAUGUUGACUACAUUUAAAAAAGUUUCACGGGCGUUAUUACAUAAACAUCAUGUAUUUUUCGGGUUAUUAAUUACAAGACUUGCAAUUCUAACAAAAGAAAUUAAAGGUUUUGAUAAUAAUAUCUUCGAAUUAUUGUUUACUAGUGAAAUACCGGAAAACGACUUUUCAGAAAAUCCAUCUAGUAUUGAUAUUAAAAAAUAUAAAGUUCCAUAUUUUUAUGAUAUUGACAAAUAUAUUGAUGAAAAUUCAAAAGAAUUUAAUUUAUUUUUAACUGUAGAAAAAGCAGAAGAUUAUGUACCUAUAUUAUGGGAAUACCAUGAAGAACCAUUAAAUAAUAAUAUUCGUAAAUUACUUAUUAUUAAAAUGUUUCGAAUGGAUCGCUUAAUUCCUGCAAUUGAGAAAUUUAUAACAGAUGUUUUUGAAGAAAAUAUUUUUUCUCAUAUUUUCUAUGAUAUUAAAUCUCUAAUUGAGAAUGAAUCAACUCCUCAAACACCUAUUGUUUUAUGUUCAGUUCCGGGAUAUGAUGCUAGUUAUAAGAUCGAGAAUUUUGUUAAUCAAGUAUCUGCUGAUUGUCAAUCUAUAACUAUGGGUUCAAUUGAAGGACUUACUCAAGCAGAUAGAGAAAUAAUUUUAGCUAGUCAGAAAGGCACAUGGAUACUUUUGAAAAAUGUUCAUUUAACAACUUCUUGGCUAGAUCAUCUUGAAAAAAAAUUACAAAAUCUUAAACAUCAUCCAAAGUUUCGUUUAUUCAUUACAAUGGAAAUGAGUUUUAGACAAGUUCCUAUAAAUCUUCUUAGAAUGUCUCGAAUAAUGAUGUUUGAACCUCCACCCGGUAUUAAAGCAAACAUGUUAAAUACGUUUGGGUCAAUUCCAAUAUCAUAUUUCAAUGAUAAACCUAUAGAAAAAAAUCGUUUAUACUUUUUGCUUUCAUGGUUUCAUGCAUUAGUACAAGAGAGAUUACGUUAUGUCCCAUUAGGCUGGUCUAAAUUAUAUGAAUUCAAUGAUUCUGAUUUUGAAUCCGGUAUAUGGAUGAUAAAUAGGUUAAUUAAAGAUUCUGCACAUAAUCGUUCAAAUAUUUCUCCAGAAAAGAUACCUUGGGAAGCUAUUCGUUUACUUUUAUAUCAAUCCAUUUAUGGAUCUAGACUUGAUGAUGAAAACGAUUUAGAUUUACUUAAUAACAUGAUUAAAAAUAUAUUUAAACCUGAAUCUUUUAAUCUUAAUUAUCAACUUGUCGAAAAACAUCUUACUAUUCCAGAUUGCUUAAGAAGAGAUGAAUUUCUUCAAUGGAUACAAAAUUUGCCAGAAAGACAAUCUCCAGCAUGGUUAGGAUUACCUGAAUAUGCAGAAAAAGUUAUUCUUUCUUCCCAAGGAAAAGAAAUGCUUAAUAACUCCGAAACCAUAUUGGAUGUAUUAAAAAGAGAAUAGUUAUUAGAAACACAGAUUGACAAAUACACACAUUAUACAAUUAAUU